UAAAUCACGACGUUUCGGAGGCAACACAAGUCUCCGUCAUCAGGUGGGACCGUCACAGCUAGAUUUACUGUAUCAAGCUUCAAAUCUCGAACAGUAAUCUGCAUUGUUUUAGGUUAUCCAUUAUAAAAGGCCGGCGUUCCGUUUGUCCGUCAACUAAAUUAAAAUAUCAUUUCAGAAGGCCUGAAUCAAAAGUUAUAGUGUGGACCUCCCCAACCUCAGAUUUAGGGUAAAAAGUUGACCUCCCCGCCCCGAAAAAAAAUGUGUUUUGUAAACUUUAAUGCCUACACACCCAUUAGUAUCUGGACACAUUUGGGGGUGGUGGGAGAAGAGGACAUCAGUGGGGUGACGGGCGAGGCACGAAGCGCUGAGAAGGCCUCCGCAGGAGCGAGAAUAAGGUCUGCAGGUUUAACGUGGAGAGCAUUGGAAAAGUGGUUUACGCUCAGAACUACAAUGCCAGCGAACUGAACUCGAGUCCACUCCCGACCAAUGGCAACUCAAACCAGGCCUGGUUUGACAAGAACGUUCGGGUGCAUGGCCAUGAAGAGAAUCCUCUAUUCAUUUUGUUUGCUACUGAGUGUACAGGCAUUAGUUGUCCAGACCCCAAGCAAAGUCACCGUCCAGUCUGGCGAGACCGCGUUCCUGAGCUGCCAUUAUACUUGCAACACGGUCGGUGUGACAGACACCGUGGUACGAUGGUGGAGAGACUCUGGAUCCGUGAGUAAGAAGGUGCUGGGGAACGACGGCUCGAUUCGGCGCUACAACCCAAGGGCCGAGUGGCAUGGCAGCACUGAGAGCUGCAAGGCGUCCAUCACAAUAGCCAGCGUCGAAACGUCGGAUGCCGGCUCGUACAAGUGCGAUGUGCUACUGCUGCCCAUGUAUGACGAAGGUCAAAGCUCGCUGCAACUUUGGGUGUCGAAUCGCCCAGAGGGGACUGCAGCUCUUCCCACAGCAACCUCAAGCAAUACUGCAUUGUCCAGCUGGACAGAAGCACCACCAACCUCGGUCAAAAACAUACUCGUGAUCGUCCCUGUGUCAGUGAUCCUGAUCGUUGUGAUCAUUGUGGUCGCUUGGGUUACCAUGCGCCAAAGAAGAAUGAAGAAAAAGCUGGAAAACGAAGCACAAAGUAUGGAAAUUAAAUGGUUAUGAAGACUUUUGAAUGGAACAUAGAUCAUGUCUGCACUGAACGUUACCAUUUCUACAAAAUUAUAAUAAAACAAAUAUUGCGUAACGUGUAUUGUGAGAUCACUGCUCUAAAGGAUGUUGGUCGUCGUGAAGCAACCCCACCCCCCACUGUUUCCCUACCCAAAACCACUUUCACGACGGCAGAGCAGCCGAGUCGCGUGCCAGGGGCGUGGCCUAAUGGAAAGAGGCGGGGCUUAAAAAAGGAAAUGCGUGGAGCAAAAAUAAGACAAAGUCCACGUGACCACGAGGAAAACAUGCAAACUACAAAUAUACAGCAGGCAUGGUCAGAGUGGAGGUCGAACCCAGGCGACGGAGAUAACGUCUCGCCACCUCGCCAUAGCGCGUCUUAAAAUCUGUGAGGGUGGGGUACAGUAAGCAGGCAGGGCCUAAAGAAUAAGUCACGGCCUGAACAAACGUCCCUGUGUAUUGCAGGUAAUAUAAAGCAUAGAAUCAUAUAAGUGCAAGCAGGCUGCUAACCAUGAGCACCGCGGAUGUGGCAACAGACCGAUUACUCGAUUACCCAUGCAAUUUAUAAUGCGCACAAAGUCAAUGCGUGAUGGCACGAGUACGGCAUACUUGUGUAGAGGAGGAGUGGGAGGAAGUGAGGUCAUCGGCAGGAA